AUGGAGAAGUUCGACUUUGGGCGUUUCACGCUCUGCUCAUUCUUUGUCCCCGACAUUUGGAAAGAUUUGGAGGAGAAGAACAAGGAGGCCGAGCUUGCCGUUGAUGCAGCUAAUGCUGCUGCAAGCGAAGCCUACAGGGAGGACCAGAAGAAAGCGGCCGCUGCAGCUGCCCGAAAAGGAGGUGGCGAGAAUGAGCUGGCGGACCUGGACUAG